AGAACUCUCUAACAGAAAAAGAAAAAAAGAAAAAAAAAAAAAGCUUAAAGCCUUGUGGGUGUUGCAGAGUGUCUAGCAUAGGCAGCUACAAGUGUAGAAGCACUGUUGCCGAAUGUCUCAGAGCCAUCCCCUUCUUUUAUGGCAGAAGCAGAGAGAGCAACAAACUUGCCUUCCCCCUCACCAAUGUUAACUGAACCCAGCUGUAGGCCUGUGUAUCAAACUCUGCAAUCCGACAAAAAAAUGCCGCUGUUUCUCACCUUCCCCCGCCCCCCAUUACGCUUAUUCAAUUAAUCAUCUCUGUUCUCUACUCGCUUCUCCCCCUACCCAAACAAAAUCAGAAUCAAAAUCAAAGACACCCACGUAUGUAUAAGACUACUUCUGCCAUCCUUCCCCCUUAGCCUGAAUUCCACCUUCUAUUCUUCUUCUUCUUCUGAAGAUGCUCUGUUUCAAUCAGAGGCUUGUGGUUUUGGGUGUGAUCGUAAUCUGUGCUCAUUAUCUGACACAGAGUUCUUCACAAACCCAACUCAGAGUGGGGUUCUACUCCCGCACAUGCCCCCAGGCCGAGUCCAUCGUCAGGUCCGUCGUCCAAGCCGCCGUCGCCAGCGACCCCACCAUGGCUGCCGUCCUGCUCAGGCUCCACUUUCACGACUGCUUCGUCGAGGGGUGUGACGGGUCGAUUCUCAUCGACAACGGCGCCAAUGCUGAAAAGAAUGCAUUCGGUCAUCAAGGUGUUCGAGGUUUCGAUGUGAUAGAGGCCGCAAAAUCUCGAUUAGAAAGUGUUUGCCGAGGCGUGGUGUCUUGUGCAGACAUAGUGGCUUUGGCCGCCAGAGAUGCCAUCUCCUUGAGUAGAGGGCCAUCGUAUGCGGUGCCGACCGGCCGGAGAGACGGGCGGGUGUCGGAUUUGUCGCUGGCAGCCAACAUGCCGGACGUCCGCGACUCCAUUCAGCUUCUGAGAUCAAAGUUCCGGCGGAUGGGCCUCUCCGACAGAGACCUCGUUCUUCUAAGCGCGGCACACUCCAUAGGAACCACCGCCUGCUUCUUCAUGACCCAUCGGCUUUACAACUUCACCGGGAGGGGCGACGCCGAUCCGGCGAUCAGCCGGAACUUUCUGCCGAAGCUGAAGGCGACGUGCCCCAACGGCGGCGACGUUAACGUCCGGUUGCCUCUGGAUCCGAUGACGGGUCAAGUACUCGACGAUCAGAUCCUGCGCAACAUCAGGGCCGGGUUUGCGGUUAUAGAGUCCGACGCGAGGCUGUACGAUGACCGGAGCACCAGGCAGCUGGUGGACUUCUAUUCGGGCUUCCGGAACUCGCAAUUCGGGUCGCCAUUCGGGUCGGAUUUUGCGAGGUCUAUGGUGAAAAUGGGUCAGAUUGGGGUGAAAACGGGUUUCAAGGGAGAGAUUAGGCAAGUUUGUAGGUCUUUUAAUUAAACCAUGAAGCUACAAUUCUUGACUUAUGUCUCUAGAGUAUUUCAAUAAGUUAAAAUAAGUCGUAUACAAAGAUUUGAAUUUUGAAUUUCAUAAGAAAAAUGCUCGGAAUAUUAGGUUUGUGAUGACACAGACUUACUUGGUAAGACACCAUUAGAGGCAGGUGUUGGGAUCUACAAACCUACUCUUAUCAGUGUCUUGUCAAAUGGGUUCAUGUUAUCAUAGUUCGAGAUAUGUAGCAUGGUUGAAAUCUCAUAUUAUAACAUGGGCUCGUUUUGAUUUUAUUCA